AAUCACAGAGUAUUAACUGCACAAUUCUUCUUAAUCUCUCCACUGCUACCACGCUUUUCUACUUCUCACUCUCUCUAUUAUUCUUCUCAAUCUCGUCAUCAAUCUACCACCGGAGGCCGGUACUAGCUUCCCGGCGACAUCUCCGAUUUCAUCUCCUCUAGUUCCUUCUACAGAGGCUCUUUCUCCGACUCCAAAUUAUCCAGCUCUUUCUUCACUGCCAAACACGCCCCAGCAAAGUCAUCACCAUCACCCCCCCGCGAAUUUCGAACUAUCCCCGCCUUAUCCUUGCUCACGUGUUCGAUUGCCAAUGUGCUAACCGUUAUGUACGGCAUUUUCCCCAUCGGAAAAUCAGUCCCCGUCGCCGGAAACUUCAAACUCCAUCCUACCUUCCCCACCACCUUAUCCACUAUCGGAAACACCGUUCUCGCGUGUACUUCCCCACCUAAUAACCCCUACGCCGCAAACAAAUUAGCCCAGGUCACUUUCCCGCUCUCAUCCUUAGGGAUAAUAUUGUUGCUCUGUACGUCGCCGUUUUGGAUUUUGCUCGAAUUAACCGAACUCCGGAUUGAAAAAUCACCCAAUUGAGGUUUAAAGUGAAGGAAAAAGUUAGGGUUUCCAUUACCUAGAAAAUUUAACUCCGCACUCAUUGUCAUGGGUGCUUCAAUAGGAGAACCAAGAGAUCCGACUCUGGUUUUGACAACCAAACCGAAAGGCCGGUGACUCAUUGGGCCGGAAAAACAGCUUCAGAACCGGACCGGAUUGGAAAAAGGUGUCAGUGAAGGAACAAUUACAAAUACGAAGAAUACACAUUCAGGUGCGGAUCUAAAGCUGCAAAAUUUUGAAUCUCAAACUUUAAUCGCCCAAUUCUCUCUGCCCAAACCAAAACCCUAGCAUUUUUCAGUGGUUUUGUUUUGGUUAAAUUCUUUCAUUUUUUGGGUGUAUUUAUCUGCUUCAAUUUCACUCUGUAACGGCCGAUAAUGGAGUUUGGGAGGAAGAGAAGAGGUGGCGGUGCUUUCGGUAGCAGUGGAGGCAUGAAGAAAUCAAGAGAUGUAUCAGAAUCCUUUACGACUGGUGUAGGAAGCAAAUCAAAGCCAUGCAUGAAGUUUUACAGCACUUCUGGAUGCUCAUUUGGGGCGGGAUGUCACUUUCUUCAUUAUGUUCCUGGCUACACUGCUAUGAGCCAGCUAUCAAACAUGGGCUCAAACCCAGCACCUCCAUUUGGAAGGAACAGUGCAUCUUUUAGUGAUGGUCCUGGCCCAGCUAUGAAAUCAAAGUUCUGCAGCAAGUUCAACACUGCAGAAGGGUGCAGGUUUGGUGAUAGGUGCCACUUUGCUCAUGGCGAGAUGGAGAUUGGGAAGCAAGUGCGUCCAGCGUACGAUGAUUUCCAAGCCAAAGGUCCUCCGAGUGGGUUCUCAGGUUACCUUGAACCGUCCCAACCUGGUCUAGCUGCUACAAACUUUGGAGCAUCUGCAACAACUACCAUUAGUGUAGAUGCAUCUCUUGCUGGAAACAUCAUAGGGAAGAGUGGUGUGAACUCAAAACACAUAUGUCUGGUUACUGGUGUCAAGCUCUUUAUAAGGGAGCACGAAACGGACACUAACAAAAGAAAUGUUGAACUCCAAGGAACCUUUGAUCAGAUUAAUCAGGCGAGAGCCAUGGUGAGGGAGCUCAUAUCGAAUAUCAGUACACCUACAGGCGGGCUGAAGAAUGCUGCCCCAUUUUCUCGAGGUCCUCCUGGCCCACUUAAAACAAAGAUGUGUGCGAAUUUUUCAAAAGGUUUGUGCACAUUUGGAGAGAAAUGCCAUUUUGCUCAUGGGCCCAGUGAGUUGCAGAAGCCAUUGACUUGAUUUCAUGGCAUUCAUACUGUGUAUUAGCAAAAAUAUUGCUUGCUUAUAAUAGGAGAUAGUACAAGGAUAAACGUUGAAAGGAUACUGUCUGUUCUGUGUUAGUGUAAUAUGAAUCCGUUUAGGAUGAGGGUUGCCCAGGUAUGUCAUAUCUGUAUAUUGGUGACUGGAAAACGCAUGUCCUCAGAUAGGAUCUUGUUACUGCCGCUUUAGAAUAAUUGGGCUUCAAAAUUGAGAAAAUGUCAAAAGUGCUCAGUACAAUCCUUUUUAUCUCUCUUUUUAGCACCUAACCAUGAUGAAUAUUUUCCCCCCUCUA